CAAAGUCUCUUUUAAUUUCUACCCAAAAAAAUCUCUAUAUUAGCAAAUUAGCUACCAACAAAAAGAACUUCCAUUUUUUUAAAUUAAGAAAAUGGGAUUAAUUUCAGGCAAUAAUAAUAAAAAGUUUCUUUCAAAGAUAGCCACAAAUGAUGGGCAUGGAGAAAAUUCAGCAUAUUUUGAUGGUUGGAAAGCUUAUGAAAAUGAUCCAUUUCAUCUAACACAAAAUCCUAAUGGUGUUAUUCAGAUGGGAUUGGCUGAAAAUCAGCUUUGCUUUGAUUUAAUUCAAGAAUGGAUAGUCAACAACCCCAAAGCCUCCAUUUGUACAUAUGAAGGAGUUCAAGAUUUCAAGGAUAUUGCUAUUUUCCAAGACUAUCAUGGCUUGCCAGAAUUCAGAAAGGCAGUUUCAAGAUUUAUGGAGAAAGUGAGAGGAGAUAGAGUCACAUUUGAUCCAGAAAGAAUAGUUAUGAGUGGAGGAGCAACAGGAGCUCAUGAAACUCUUGCAUUUUGUUUGGCUGAUCCUGGUGAUGCAUUUUUAGUACCUACACCAUAUUAUCCAGGAUUUGAUAGAGAUUUGAGGUGGAGAACAGGGGUACAACUUUUUCCUGUUGUUUGUGAGAGUUCUAACAAUUUUAAGGUUACAAAAGAAGCCUUGGAAGAUGCAUAUGAAAAAGCUCAAGAAUCAAAAAUCAAAGUAAAAGGAUUGCUUAUAAACAAUCCAUCAAAUCCAUUGGGCACAAUCUUGGACAAGGAAACAUUAAAAGACAUAUUAAGAUUCAUCAAUGACAAAAACAUCCACCUAGUAUGUGAUGAAAUCUAUGCUGCAACCGCAUUUAGUCAACCUUCCUUCAUCAGUAUCGCGGAAGUUAUGGAUGAAGUUGUUGGAUGCAACGAUGAUUUAGUACAUAUCGUUUAUAGCCUAUCGAAAGAUUUAGGGUUCCCUGGAUUUAGGAUUGGGAUUAUUUACUCGUACAACGAUGUUGUUGUGAAUAUUGCACGAAAGAUGUCAAGUUUUGGACUUGUUUCAACGCAAACACAACGAUUGAUUGCUUCCAUGUUAUCGGACACAACAUUUGUUGAUAAUUUCAUCGCGAAGAGCUCGAUGAGAUUGUCACAAAGACAUGGUUUGUUUACUAAAGGACUAGCACAAGUUGGAAUUACAACAUUGAAGAGUGAUGCUGGCCUAUUUUUUUGGAUGGAUUUGAGAAGACUUCUUAAAGAGUCAACAUUUGAUGAUGAAUUGGAACUUUGGCAUAUAAUUAUUAACAAAGUGAAACUUAAUAUUUCACCUGGUUGUUCAUUUCAUUGCUCCGAGCCUGGUUGGUUUAGAGUUUGUUUUGCUAAUAUGAAUGAUGAAACUAUGAGAGUUGCAUUGAGAAGAAUUAGACAUUUUGUGUUACAAGAAACUAAGGGAAUUGAAGUUGCAAAAAUGAAACAAUGUAGAAGGAACAAACUUGAAAUUAGUUUGUCAUUUAGGAGAUUGGAUGAUUUUAUGAGCUCUCCUCAUUCUCCAAUGUCUUCUCCUAUGGUCCAAGCUAGGAAUUAACCAUGACGUCCAGGUCAGCUUGUACAGGCAUCAUCGACUUUUCAUCGAGUACCUGAUAAGCGUUCAAUUCGGUUUAUGCACACGUUGACUAUUUCAGUGAGUACCUGAUGAGUUCUUUAAUUAAUUGCAGUAGUUGUUGGUAAGUCUAGUUAUAUAUAGGUAUUCUUUGUAUUUAUUUUUAUUAAGAGUACUUUUUUUUUGCCUAUACUAUGAUUGCAAAAAGCAAUCAAAUGGGCUUUUAGUUUAUUGUGAAAUUAUUUUGUUCUUGUAUUUUUUUUCUGUAUACCUUCUUGUAAUUAAAGGGAACUCAAUUUGUAACCUUGAGUUCAAGAGGCAACUGCAGAGGAUAUAUAUCUAUCAAUUUUUU